AUGUUCCCGACAAUCUGGUUUCCGCACCGUCAUGUGCGCCGGCUAACUUGUACUCUCCUCGUUUCAUCGAAAUCCAUCCUUCACAGCUUCUCUAAAGGGUUAAUUUUCCCGGCGCGCGGAUUUAGCGCUUCUGAUGGACCCACGGCCGUUAGAUCGGUCCCUGCUGGUUUGGCGGCAGCUAGAUCAACGGCUGCGAUUGGCGGAGGGGAUAGCGGGAAGAACGGCGGAGGAUCGGUUGCGCGAGCGUCGGUGCCGGUGGUGAUUGUGGGCGCGGGGCCGGUGGGGCUCUCCCUUUCCAUCAUGCUCUCGCGUUUAGGUGUUCGGAAUGUGGUGGGGGAGAAGGAGCAUGGGCUGCAGCAGCAGGAGCAAGGCAAGGGCGUUCCGAAUGUGGUGGUGGAGAGGGAGCAUGGGCUGCAGCAGCAUCCCGCAGUGGCUAGAAAGGUCACUCAUAGCUUGUGCUUCCCCCUCCUCCCCUCAUAUUCCCAUCCCCCUUUAACCAGGCGUUGGGAAUGUGGUGGUGGAGAGGGAGAAUGGGCUGCAGCAGCAUAUCAACUGCCGCCCUUUUCUCCCCUCCCCUUUCCUUCUCCUCCCCUCUUCCCAGGCGUUCGGAACGUGGUGGUGGAGAGGGAGCAUGGGCUGCAGCAGCACUCGCAAGGUUGUGCUUCCCUCCCCUCAUCUCAUCCGUGCAUAUUCUCAACUUCCUUCCUUUUACUAGGCGUUCGGAACGUGGUGGUGGAGAGGGAGCAUGGGCUGCAGCAGCAUCCCGCAGCGCAUCUUAUUAACAACAGAACCAUGGAGGUGUUUCCCCUCAUGCGCCCCCUUAACAAUCAACUAAUCUCUGUCUCACUUCCUUCCCUUCUUUCCUUCCAAACCUCCCUCCCCCAGAUUUUUUGCCUCAUGGGCCCUCUUUACAAUCACAUUACCAGUCAGCAGCCCCCUUUAGAGGAGUGGCGGUCGUUUGUGCACUGCACGCGCAUUCUGGGGCGGGAGCUGGGGUUUGAAAACAGGAUCAUGUUCGUUCCCCUCAUGGCCCUCUCAAUCACUUCACGAAUAUUUCGCCUCAUGGGCCCCCUUUACAAUCACAUCACAAGUCAGCAGCCCCCUUUAGAGGAGUGGCGGUCGUUUGUGCACUGCACGCACAUGCUGGGGCGGGAGCUGGGAAAGCAGGAUCACUUCAAAGGGCAGGAAGGCCACGUGAGAAUUCUCAAAAGCGACACAGUGACCAUCUGUCUCUUUCUCUUAAUCCCUUCUUCUACUGGCUCCCAGACCAUCCCCUUUAUAAGAUCAGCAUCGGAGAAGCCUAUAAGAAUUGACUGCUCAUACUUGAUUGGCUGUGAUGGUGCUAACAGCAGCAUCCGGGCGGCGAGUUUUGUCCCGGCUCAACCAUCCCAAAGACCAGACGAGUCAGGCGACGCAGCCAAUCAUAGCCGCGGAAAAGAAGAGGCCGAGCAGUUGUUCAUGCAGGGGCAGAGGGGGGGAGGGGAACUGCAUCAAGUGACAAUGCAGGGGCACAGGCAGCUGCAGCGGGUGCUGUCGGUGCAUUUCUCCUCACGCCCGCUCGGGUUGAGGCUGCUGGCGCUGCCCCGCCCAGCGAUGCUCUAUUUCGUGUACAACACAGAGGGGGUCGGGGUGGUGGUGGCGCACUGCUUGAGAGAAGGAGAGUUUGUCGCCCAGGUGAGGGCACUGAGGCACUGUGGAAAGGAUGUGGUUGCGCUGGCUGCCCCGCCCCGCCAUGCUCUAUUUCGUGUACAACAGCGAGGGGGUCGGUGUGGUGGUGGCGCACUGCUUGAGAGAGGGAGAGUUUGUCGCGCAGGGGAGGGCGUGGGGGUGGGGGUGGCGCACUGCUUGAGGGAAGGGGAGUUUGUUGCCCAGGUGAGGGAAUUGAGAGUGUUUAGCAGCUCGGUGCCUCUUACUCUCUCCAACCCUCUGCCCACAUCGCAUUGCCUCGUACUCUCUCCAACCCUCCGCCCACAUCGCAUUGCCUCGUACUCUCUCCAACCCUCCGCCCACAUCGCAUUGCCUCUUCCUUCUUCUUCUUCCCUGCGGCUCCCCAUGUCCUAG